CUACAGUCUGCACUGUUAAUAUAACAGUCAGAACUUCCUCUUUAGCUCACUUCUCUACAACACUAGCAAUGGAGAUGGACAACAUUUACACUGGGCUGCAGAAGCCCUCGGAGGAUGUCUACUCAACAAUAAACAAUCCCCAAGGCAGGACAGCAGGUGUACAACAGGGUGUUUCCCCAGUCCAGCCCAGUUCUUGUUCCAGUGUCACCAUUGCUCUGGGAGUUACAGUGUGUGUCUUACUGGUUGCAGUCAUCGGCAUGGGAAUAGCAAUUCUGCAAAUACAAGGAACACACUGUGUUCCUGGAAAUAGCAGUACAGCAUCACAAACGUCAACAGACUCUUAUAUGAAGAAUAGCAGCGGCCUGGUGAGAUCAUUUUGUUGGGAUCAAGACAAUGGAGAUGAAGCUGAUCUGUGUGAAAUCUGUCCAAGGACCUGGAGGUGGAAGUACAAUGGAAGCUGUUAUGACUUUUCCUUGAUACCACAGUCAUGGGUGUCCAGUAGCAAUGCCUGUUCUAAAGAUGGAGGUCAUCUCGUUGUGAUUGAUGACCAGCAGGAGUUGCACUUCCUACGUAGUAAGAUGGUAGGAGGUACAUUUUACUGGAUUGGGCUGAAAGGCAAAUUGAGCCUGGAAGAAUGGCGCUGGGUGGAUAACACAACUUUCAAUGCAACUCUGUUUCCCUUCAACAACACUGAUCACAGAGGACGGGACUGUGUUAUCAUUUCUAACACUAAGAAAUAUUCAGAACCUUGUGAGACAGGGAGACCCAGGAUCUGUGAGAGGAAAGCUCUCCGCUUGUCACCCAAUCCUUGACCACUUUCAAAAGAGAUUGUAAAUUAACUGCAGAAGAGGAGGAUAUUUUUUAAAUGCCUCUAAAAAUGCCUUGCCAACAAGCAACCCUUUGUUUCUUAAUUUUUUAUUGAAAAUAAAAAUGAGCAAACCUGUGCUUAAU